UCGAUCCCCUGGGAAGGUUUGUGUGUGUGUUAAUAAUCAGUGUAUGUUAAUGAUUAGGGGUCCGUUUAAAACCAGACCAAACCAUUUUCGGGGGCACAGUCUUGUCAGUAGGGUCAGAGGGACAGGGUGCGCCAGGAGUCUCUCACAUACACGCACACACACUUGAACAUCCAGCCUCUGAACUGGCCAGUGGGCUUCGUCUGAUACAGCCUCUCAAGAUCCAACAGAGAGACUCCACUACACACAACUACAGGAGAGGAGGAAGCCAUGGCUGGAGGGAGCAGAGCGUUGUUCUACGGUGUGUUCACUGCUGCUCUGCUGGUCACCAUGCUGCUGCCUGAAUUCCUGUCGGCGGGGCCGGUGUUUCAGAAGCUCAAUGGAGAUGUAGGGGAUGCCACUGAAGAGACAGUGGUUGCGAUGGCGUCAGCAAGGAGGCUUGUCCGUAACCGUAGAAACAUCAGCUGGUACAAGCAACACUCAGACUUCUGGAACUGGUACAAAUACUUCACCGACAAUGGAAACACGGAGGCAGUCCAGGAGCUGGACAGGGUCUACCUGGCCUACCUCCAGAAUAAGAACCGUGCAGAGGGACGUCGCUCCUACAAAGCCUACCUGGGCCACCUAGGGGACAUCUACAAGGCCUGCGCCGACUCAGAGGACCCAAACUGUGUGGCCUCGGCCACUAGCCGGCCCAAACCUGAACCCCCCAAGGCCCCUCCCAAGCCCGCUCCUGUCAAGGCCUGUGACCCCUACAGGGACCCAUAUUGUCUCUAUGCUGCCAUGGCACACGCCAAGAGCCAGCCCCCACCUGCCCCUGCCCCGGUCAAGGCCCCAGCCCCCCUGUAUGUGCGCUCCCCAGUGGCCGUUAAAGACCCUCAUUCUGGGUACUACUACUACUCCCCCGCUGUUCAGCCCUUCCUCUCCAAGGAGCAGAAGGCAGAGCUGCUGCGUAUCUGUUCAGCAGAGGAUGUGGAGUGUCUCCAGUACCACCUGAGAGCUGCUUUCGGUCACAAGCCUUCCGCUGGGCCCCUGCCUUCCUACGCCCACCUGGGCUGUGACCCGAAAGACCCUGCCUGUAAACCCCAGCUGGUCCAAAAAUCCCCCUCCGGCCUCUUCCUCCGUUACCCCAACUGUGACCCCAGAGACCCUCGCUGUGCCUACGCUGCAUCCCUACAGGCACCCCGUGCCCCUGCAACCCCCGCCCCGGCGGGUCCUGGUUCCUGCAACCCUCUGUUUGAGGACGGUUGUAACCCUCUCACCGCAACCAAGUACGCCACGGCACCAGAGGAGUUCAAGGAAGAACACAAAGACGAACCCGCCGCAAUGCGCGCUGCACCCCCAGCUCCCGAGCAACGCAGCGACCCAUUCGCUAUGUACAGGGAUGCUUAUGCUAACGCUAAUGGUAACCGCCAAGGCAGUGCUCCAAGCUCUCAAGCUAGUGACCCAUAUGCCAUGUACCGCCAAGCCAGUGCUCCCAGUGCUCAAGCUAGCGACCCAUAUGCCAUGUUCCGCCAAGCCAGUGCUCCCAGCACUCAAGCUAGCGACCCAUAUGCCAUGUACCGCCAAGCCAGUGCUCCCAGCACUCCAGCUAGUGACCCAUACGCCAUGUACCGCCAAGCUAUCGCUAACGUUCAAGCUAACGACCCAUACACCAUGUACAGGCAGGCUAAUGCUAAUGCUAACGAUCCCUUCGCAAUGUACCGUGAAGCUGCGGCCUCCAUGCACAGACGUGUCCCCCCUUCCCCACGGCAGCACGCCCCCGCCCCCUCUCCCCGCUAUGAGGAGCCCCCCCAGGAGGAUCGCCACCCGCUUGGCCCCCGGGGAAAGACCAAGGAGGGCUAUGAAUGCUUCAUCGGCUACGACCAGGAGUGCUAUCCAAUAGCCCGCGCAGAGACGCGUUCUGGCGCCCACCGUAACACCGCCUACCCCGCCGAGCCCUACGAGCCGCAUCUCAAUGCUGAUGGAUCAAGGAACGGAGUCCUUGAGCCUUCUGACCCCGACUGUGACCCAGAGUACGACACCAACUGUCGCCUGCGUCGCUACGAACCCCGGGAGGAUCUGCUGCCAGACACCAACGCCCAAGCUGUACACCAGGGGGAGCCAGAGCACAGCCAGGGGGAGCCAGAGAGAGACAGCGAGGCAGAGUCAGAGCCAUACCAGAGUGGCCAGGAGGAGACCUACGGGGCUUACCCCCCUCCCUCGCAGGGGCUGUCGUACGGGUCCUACCCCUCACCCCAGCGGGGAAUGCCCAGCUUCCAGGACAUGCUGAGAGGAUACCGAGACCAGUACCCUGAACAGGACGACCACAGAGCAUACGCUGCUGACUACCGCCAAAAAUAAAUACAUAUACACAUAUAUACACACUGCAUACACAGACACACACUGCAUAUGCCAUAAAGACUACAACAACAAAACUAACACACCAGCCAAAAACAGGAGCAGAUUUUUAAUACAGAUAUUUAAUACAAAAUAAUAAAAGGCUGCUUGAAGUCUGACACACACACGUCACGUACGUACGAACAGGCACACACACACACACACACACACACACACACACACACACACACACACAUAGUAAUGUGCUGUUAGCAGUAGGAGUUUCUCUCCACUAGAUGUUUUAUCUGUCAGUUUAUUAGCUUUUAUUAAUUGAUUAAUUGACAGUAGUCGACGAUUGAUCCCCUCAUUAUCACUGGAAUAUUUAAUAAAUUCUCGCAGCUCUGCUUCGCUUCUGUAGCUACAAACCUCACAUGCUUUUUGUGUUUGUUUUGUUUAUGAUGUAAUAUGUAAAGUUUUUUUCCACUUUGAAUGUUUUAAAUAAAAGCUUUGAAAAACA